AUGACGAGGAGUCGCUGCGUCUCCUUCCAGAAGAUGCAGACGCCCCUCCGGCCCGGGCAGUGGCUCGCCCUCAUGCUCCUCCUGGUCUUCUCCACCAGCCGGGGUCAACAGAACGAGAGCCGCCGAGCUGUGGCCGAACACCAGCUGAUGCACGACCGCGGCCGAAACAUCCAGAGCCUCAAGAGACUCAUCUGGCUGUCCGGCGCCAUGGAGGGGCUCCAUGGCGCCGACGCCCGGUCCGCCGAGUUCAACCCGACGAAGGCCCUGAACGCAGCGCUGGUCCCCGCUGCUGGGAACCAGCCCAGCCGGGUGCACAGCCUCCUGAGAGACUUCUUUCAUCCCGCCCUGACUCAACAGCAAGACAGAGAGGCCUAA